GAGCCCAGUAGAUCGGAAAACUUUUCAGCAGAAGGCCGCGUGAGAAGUUUAAGGGCAACAACGGAAAUUAUGAGCAUUAUCAAGGUGGAAUCCGACCACAGAUCGGCGGUUGCCUCAAGGAGAGGUUCUUUGGCGAUGGAUGCGUUGCCCAAGCCUGGUCCAGGUGAGUUCUUCAAAGAUUCGCUUGACCUUAAGCACUCUUUGAUUUGCGAGGACCAGGUAAUAUCCGCUUCGCCCCGCCUAGCCACCAAUGGGCUCACUUGAAGAACGAAAGAUGGCCUGGGUCACAGAGUGGGGCUCAUCAGUCGGUGUUUCACCUAUGACAAGUGCAAGAGUAUUUACCUGAGCGUCAAGAGCGCCGAUCAGACUAGAUCACAAAUCGCGACAGAUCACAGAGCGGAUAUGCUAAUCAUAGAGUGCGAAAGGAUGAGUGCGUUCCCUAGGAAAUGACCGGUGGUGCAUCCAGAUGAAGUGGUGCGUUCCCGUGUUGGCGUUCUUUUUCGCCCUCGCGCUGGGGGCCCGAGCUUGUGGCCCUGGAAGGGGCGCGGGUCGACGGAGAGGCCCUAGGAAACUCACUCCGCUAGUUUUCAAGCAGCACGUUCCUAAUGUGCCGGAAAAUACUAUCACUGCGAGCGGUCUGGGUGAGGGCAGGAUUGGCAGGAACGAUACAAGGUUUAGGGAUUUGGUGCCGAACUAUAACCAGGACAUUAUUUUUAAGGACGAGGAAGGGACUGGGGCCGACAGGCUCAUGACCCAGCGUUGCAAAGAAAAACUUAACACAUUAGCUAUUUCUGUGAUGAAUCAGUGGCCGGGUGUUCAUUUGGUGGUUACUGAAGGUUGGGACGAGGAGGGUUACCACACUCCAGACUCCCUGCACUACGAGGGUAGAGCUGUAGACCUAACAACUUCUGACAAAGAUCGUUCCAAAUACGGCAUGUUGGCAAGGUUGGCAGUGGAAGCAGGCUUCGACUGGGUCUACUAUGAAAGUAGAGCACACAUACACUGCUCGGUCAAGUCAGAAUCUUCCCAAGCUGCGAAAUAUGGCGGAUGUUUUUCUGCUGAGACUACAGUCCUCACCUCUGAAGGGAUCACCAAGAGACUUCCAGACCUUAAAAUAGGGGAGAAGAUCCUUUCUCUUGACCCAUCCACAUUCCAGCUCACCUUCAGCGAUGUCCUACUGUUCCUACAUUACGAUCCAGAGGAGAUCCGACAGUUUGUGAUGAUAACCUUAAAAUCCGGAAAAACACUCACUGUUACCCCAACCCAUUUAGUGCUAAGCGGUAGUUUGAAAACUAACAGGAUAGUUUACGCCGGUGACCUAAGACCUAGUGAUAUAAUGUUAACAAGUGACUCAAAAAAUGGACUUCAAGAAGAUGUUAUAGUUGAAAUUGAACAAGUUUUAAGGAAGGGCUUGUACGCCCCUCUGACUGAGGCUGGAACAGUUGUGGUGAACGACGUUUUGGCUUCUUGUUACGCUGUUGUGAAUAGUCAAGCUUUAGCCCACUUGGCUUACGGGCCCUUGAGGCUUAUUCAUAACAUGAAAGAAGGUUUACGAAAACUUUGGUCUCUAAUUAGUCGACCCAUAACCGGUUGGAACACUUCUAGAUCGUUCAUUAAACCAACGAUAGGGGUGCAUUGGUAUGGGAAAAUGUUAUACAGCCUGGUUGAUAUCUUCUACCCUAAGAUUCUUCAAUAAGUGAUAUUCAUAUUAAAGAACCUCGUGAAUAUUUUCUUCCGAAGAUCGAUUGUCUUCAAUUAUAUUUGAUGCGGUGUUUUCGUCCAAUUUUAGAAGGAUUGGAUCGAGCGUGUCGUUUUGAGGUUCUCUUUAUUGGGUGAUAAUUUUGUAAGUAAGUAGGUUUUCAUCAAAUAUGGCCAGUGAUUUCCAGCAUAUUUUCCGAUUGUUUUCAAUGUUGAGGAAGACAAUUUCUGCUAAUCCACAUACUUCGAACAAUUGUGGAAAUGUUUUCUAGUAACAUGUAUUUACUGUAAUUUAAUGUACAUAACUUGUAUAGUAAACUAUUUGUGAAAAUGUAAAUUAUUAUUUAUGAAAUAUAUUAAUAUUUUCUAUUUAUGAUUAAAUAUUUUAUGAAGUA